GUAAAAUAAUUGUUUCAUCUCAGUUGAAAAUGAGGAAUCAUAUAUUGGAACAUACGGGUGAGUGCCCCUUUAAAUGUUUGAUAUGUGAGAGAACCUUUAUCCAACUACAUCAAGUAAAGAGUCAUUUGUUGAAACACUCUUGGGAGAGCCCUUAUAAGUGUGAUUCAUGUGAAAAAUCCUUUACAACCAAAAAAUAUAUGAAGGCCCAUACAAAGGUUCAUAUUGGUGAGCGGCCUUAUAAGUGUGAUAUAUGUGGAAAGUCCUUCACAACCAAAAACCAUUUGAAUAGACAUACAUUGGUUCAUACUGGAAAACUACCUUUUAAGUGCACAACAUGUGGAAAAUGCUUCACAAAAAAAAGAAAUAUGAAGGACCAUACAAAGGUUCAUACGGGAGAGCGACCUUAUAAGUGUGAUACAUGUGAAAAAUCCUUCAAAGCCAAAAGCGAUUUGAGAAGACAUGCAUUGAUUCAUACUGGAGAGCGGCCUUAUAUGUGCACUACAUGUGAAAAAUCCUUUAAAAACAAUCAGGAAUUGAGGAGGCAUACAGUGCUUCAUACUGGAGAGUGGCCUUAUAAGUGCACUACAUGUGAAAAAUCCUUUAAAUCCAAUCAGGAAUUGAGGAGGCAUACAAUGGUUCAUACUGGAGAGCGGCCUUAUAAAUGCACUACGUGUGGAAAAUCUUUUAAAACCAAUCAGGAAUUGAGGAGGCAUACAGUGAUUCAUACUGGAGAGCGGCCUUAUAAGUGCACUACAUGUGAAAAAUCCUUUAAAUCCAAUCAGGAAUUGAGGAGGCAUACAAUGGUUCAUACUGGAGAGCGGCCUUAUAAAUGCACUAUGUGUGGAAAAUCUUUUAAAACCAAUCAGGAAUUGAGGAGGCAUACAGUGAUUCAUACUGGAGAGCGGCCUUAUAAGUGCACUACAUGUGAAAAAUCCUUUAAAUCCAAUCAGGAAUUGAGGUGGCAUACAAUGGUUCAUACUGGAGAGCGGCCUUAUAAAUGCACUACGUGUGGAAAAUCUUUUACGAAAAAAAAAUGUAUGAAGGACCAUACAAAGGUUCAUACUGGAGAGCGACCUUAUAAGUGCACUACGUGUGGAAAAUCUUACACAACCAAAAGCAAUAUGAAGGCCCAUACAAAGGUUCAUACUGGAGAGCGGCCUUAUAACUGUGAUACAUGUGGAAAGUCCUUCACAUGCAAAUCCCAUUUGAAUAGACAUACAUUGGUUCAUACUGGAGAGCGGCCUUAUUAUAAGUGCACUACGUGUGGAAAAUCUUUUACAGACAAAAGCAAUAUGAAGGCCCAUACAAAGGUUCAUACUGAAGUGGCAAAAGACUUUCCCAGACUUAGAGAAAAUAAACUCAAGUUCCUCGCAGUAAAGCUUCAUAUAAUGUCUGACAUAAGGUUGUACUACAAACAGCAGAUAAAAAUGGUAUUCUAUUAA